GUGGGAGAGGUUGGGAGAGUGAGAAUUCCCGUGGAGACAGCAGGGCGGCGGUCGGCGGGCCAACGCGAUGUUCCAGCGCCGCUCCAAAAGGCAGCCAGUUGAUGGUAAAAAGAUGAAGAACAGUAGGACUCAAAAGGAGUCGAAUGUAACGGUGGCUGUCAGGGUGAGGCCAUUGAACGAGGCUGAGAGGGAGAAGAGAGAGCAGAGUGUGGUUUUCUGUACUGACAAACACAACCUGCAGGUGAGUCAGGGGGGCCAGGACAGGUGUUUCUCCUUCGAUGCGGUGCUGGGCCCAGACAGCUCACAGGAGGACGUGUUUGAGGCCUGUCAGGUGAAGAGGCUCGUCGACAUGGCGACCCAGGGGUACUCAUGUACAGUGUUUGCUUUCGGACAGACCGGCUCGGGGAAAACCUUCACCAUCACCGGACCCCACUCUGUGUUCCAGCAGGGCGCACAUGGACUCCCCUCUCACGGGCUGAUGCAGAGGUGCCUGUCCCACCUGCUGCAGGUGUGUCCCACAGGUGGGGAGGUCACCCUCCAGGUCUCCUACCUGGAGAUCUACAAUGAGCAGGUGCGGGACCUCCUGGACCCCCGGCCGCACUGCCCGCUAACCGUCAGAGGGAGCGGAACCCAAGGGUUCCGUGUGGAGAACCUGGCCCCGGUGGAGUUCCGCAGCCUGGACGACUUCAACAAGCUCCUGGCGGAGGGCCAGAGGAGGAGGCACACCUCCUCCCACCUCCUAAACGAGCGGUCGAGUCGCGGUCACGCCAUCCUGACCGUCUACGUCGGGAGCCAAUCAGUGGGCGUGGAAGGGGGCGGGGCCGCCCAGGGGAAGCUGAGUUUGGUGGACCUGGCAGGCAGCGAGCGGGUGAAGGUCACGGGCUGCAAGGCGGAGCUUCUGGAGGAGGCGGGAAACAUCAACCGCAGCCUCCUCACCCUGGGCAAGUGUAUCGCCGCCCUGGUGGACGCCAAGGGUAGGGACAGGCACGUCCCGUACCGUGAAAGCAAGCUGACCAAGCUGCUGUGUGAUUCGCUGGGAGGAACCGGGAGAACUCUGAUGAUCGCUUGCGUGUCUCCUACAGCUUCCAGCCUCCCAGAGACCCUGAAUACCCUCUUCUACUCCAGCCAGGCCAGGAGGAUCAGACCCAAGCCGCCAGUCAAUCAGGGCCGGAGGGAGAAGCUGGUGGGCACCCUUCAAAGGGAGAUCCGCCUGCUACACCGGGAGAACCUGCUGCUACGGCAACGCCUGUCCUCAUUCCAGGAAGCCCGGAGAUCAGAACUGGAAGUGAAGCAUGCUGGGAGUGGCGGCAGUGAGGCAAUGACAGUAGAGGGGGCGGGGCCCUCAAGGCCAGGCUCCUCCUCCUACUUGGAAGCUUGUCUCCUGCAGGAGCUGAACCAGGAGAAAGACAAACUACAGCAGGAUAAGGUGGAGCUGCCUGACUGCCAGGAGUCCUCCGGCCAGCAGAGGGAGCUCUUGCCAGAGGAAAACACCCAACUGCUGGACAAGCUGCAGGAUCUCAAGAGGGAGCAGAUCAUGAUAGAUGGUGUCCAAGGGAAGGCCCGCAGGAUCUCCAGUCCUCUGACUCCGCCCCCACCCAGAGACUCCAUCCACAGCCGCCUCUCCAGCCCGUACUGCCCCCACCGCCACCCCCCCACCUUUCUGCCCCCAAUCAGGUCUCCCGGCCUUCCUGAGCCGUGCUUCCACUGCCACUGGCGCCCCCUGCUGUACUGCAUCUGUCCUGCAAGCUACUCCCUGCAGGGACUGGUACAGAGCUGCACCCUGCCGCCCCUGUGGCCCUGUGAGACGUUCCCACACCUGGGGGGGUCCUGUGUGACCAAGAGGCACAGACAGGGGGCGCUGCCUCCCCUGCCAGCCCUCAGCUCAGACAGAGCAGCCAGGGAGAGCACCAGGGAGCGGAUGGACUGCCACAGCUGGGAGGCUGACCCUGGGUCAGUCCGGCACCGCAGGACAAGAGCCCACUCAGAGUGCAGGAGGUACACAGACGGCUUCCAGGUGAACUCCACUUCCCAGCAGGCCAAGGCUCUGGAGCCCCGCCCUCCGAGGUCAGAGGGCAGGGUGGCUCCCAGUGCCCCGCCCCUGCCCAAACAGCCCCACCCCUUUCAGCUUGUGGACUCGGGGAGCUGAAGGUGCACAGGGCUGUGUGAACCGCUCUGCCCCUGUCACAUGACCAGGGAGGAAAUGGGCACCAUGGCAACACCCAAUGAGAGCAAAGUACAGGGAGCUGAAGUUCUACUUGGACAUUGAACAAAGACACAAAUAAACACAAACGGUCUGAGAACUUUAUCCCACUGUCUGUACUGUGCAAACAGCAUCUGGAUUAAAGUUCAUCGCCGUUUCAGCUGA